ACAACCCUCACUCUCUUCUCUCCCUCUGGCAAGCAUGCUGCUGGUAGGAGCCCCCAGGUAGAAACUGCUUCGAAACCCUUUAGUGCCUCUUCUUCAGGAGCCCCUAUGGCUUCAGGAUCACAGCUCGGCCAUUGAAGCUGGUCAUAAACCAGCCAGCUUUCUGAUAGGAUUUAAACUUUGAAGCGAAUGUGGCCAUUUUCUCUCAGAUGAGAGGAUCGCUUCAACUUCCGCUUGGCAAUUGCUUCCUUUCCUUGGAGGUAGCUGAAUCUCGUUUUCUUUAAAACCGUCUUUCUUCCAAAGUUGCCUGCCAUGCCGACCGUCAUUAGUGCAACGGUGGCCCCAAGAACAGGAGCUGAGCCCAGGUCUCCAGGGCCUGGUCCUCACCCAGCCCAAGGGAAGACCACCGAGGCUGGAGGUGGACACCCAAGUGGCAUCUAUUCAGCUAUCAUCAGCCGCAAUUUUCCAAUUAUCGGAGUGAAAGAGAAGACUUUUGAGCAGCUCCACAAAAAGUGCCUGGAGAAGAAAGUUCUUUAUCUGGAUCCUGAGUUCCCACCAGACGAGACCUCUCUCUUUUAUAGCCAGAAGUUCCCCAUCCAGUUUGUCUGGAAGAGACCUCCGGAAAUUUGUGAGAAUCCCAGAUUUAUCAUUGGUGGAGCCAACAGGACUGACAUCUGCCAAGGAGACCUAGGGGACUGCUGGUUUCUUGCAGCCAUCGCCUGCCUGACCCUGAACGAGAGGCUGCUUUUCAGAGUUAUACCCCAUGAUCAAAGUUUCACUGAAAACUAUGCUGGGAUUUUCCACUUCCAGUUCUGGCGCUAUGGAGACUGGGUAGAUGUGGUCAUUGAUGACUGUCUGCCAACAUACAACAAUCAGCUGGUUUUCACCAAAUCCAACCACCGCAAUGAAUUCUGGAGUGCUCUGCUGGAGAAAGCUUACGCUAAGCUCCAUGGUUCCUACGAAGCUCUAAAAGGUGGGAACACCACAGAGGCCAUGGAGGACUUCACAGGAGGGGUGACAGAAUUUUUUGAGAUCAAAGAUGCUCCCAGUGACAUGUACAAGAUCAUGAGGAAAGCCAUCGAGAGAGGUUCCCUUAUGGGAUGCUCCAUUGAUGAUGGCACAAACAUGACUUACGGAACCUCUCCUUCUGGUCUGAACAUGGGGGAGUUGAUUGCGCGGAUGGUGAGAAAUAUGGAUAACUCGCUGCUCAGAGACUCAGACCUCGACCCCAGGGGCUCAGAUGACAGACCAUCAAGGACGAUUGUUCCUGUGCAGUAUGAGACAAGAAUGGCCUGUGGGCUGGUGAAAGGUCACGCCUAUUCAGUCACUGGGCUGGAGGAGGCCCUGUUCAAAGGUGAGAAGGUGAAGCUGGUGCGGCUGCGGAACCCCUGGGGCCAGGUGGAGUGGAACGGCUCUUGGAGUGAUGGUUGGAAGGACUGGAGCUUUGUGGACAAAGAUGAGAAGGCCCGUCUACAACACCAGGUCACUGAGGAUGGAGAAUUCUGGAUGUCAUAUGAUGACUUUGUCUACCACUUCACAAAGUUGGAGAUCUGUAACCUCACAGCUGAUGCCCUGGAGUCUGACAAGCUGCAGACCUGGACCGUGUCUGUAAAUGAGGGCCGCUGGGUGAGGGGCUGUUCUGCAGGAGGCUGCCGCAACUUCCCAGACACCUUCUGGACCAACCCGCAGUACCGUCUAAAGCUCCUGGAGGAGGACGACGACCCCGAUGACUCUGAGGUGAUCUGCAGCUUCCUGGUGGCCCUAAUGCAGAAGAACCGGCGCAAGGACCGGAAGCUGGGAGCCAACCUCUUCACCAUCGGCUUCGCGAUCUACGAGGUUCCCAAAGAGAUGCACGGGAAUAAGCAACACCUGCAGAAGGACUUCUUCUUGUAUAACGCCUCCAAGGCCAGAAGCAAAACCUACAUCAACAUGCGGGAGGUGUCCCAGCGCUUCCGCCUGCCCCCCAGCGAGUAUGUCAUUGUCCCUUCUACCUAUGAGCCCCAUCAGGAGGGGGAGUUCAUCCUCCGGGUCUUCUCUGAAAAGAGGAAUCUCUCUGAGGAAGCUGAAAACACAAUCUCCGUGGACCGGCCAGUGAAAAAGAAAAAACAUAAGCCCAUCAUCUUCGUUUCAGACAGAGCAAACAGCAACAAGGAGCUGGGUGUGGACCAGGAGGCAGAGGAGGGCAAAGACAAAGCAGGGCCUGAAAAGCAAGGGGAGACCCCACAGGCACGGCCUGGCCACACGGACCAGGAGACUGAGGAACAGCAACAGUUCCGGAACAUCUUCAGGCAGAUCGCAGGCGAUGACAUGGAGAUCUGUGCAGAUGAACUCAAGAACGUCCUUAACACAGUGGUGAACAAACACAAGGACCUGAAGACACAGGGGUUCACGCUGGAGUCUUGCCGCAGCAUGAUAGCUCUCAUGGAUACAGAUGGCUCUGGACGGCUGAAUCUGCAAGAGUUCCAUCACCUCUGGAAAAAGAUCAAGGCCUGGCAGAAAAUCUUCAAACACUAUGACUCAGAUCAUUCUGGCACCAUCAAUAGCUAUGAGAUGCGGAAUGCAGUCAAUGAUGCAGGCUUCCACCUCAACAGCCAACUCUAUGACAUCAUCACCAUGCGCUAUGCAGACAAACACAUGAACAUCGACUUCGACAGUUUCAUUUGCUGCUUCGUCAGGCUGGAAGGGAUGUUCAGAGCCUUUAAUGCAUUCGACAAGGAUGGAGAUGGCAUCAUCAAACUGAAUGUUCUCGAGUGGCUGCAGCUUACCAUGUAUGCCUAAAGAAGACUCGUGCAAAACCCACCAGGACUCCAACCAUCGACCACGAAGACCCCAGCAGCUCCACCUCCACCAAGCCUAGGGGCUUCUGUUCUCGUUCCUUCUCCACACUGCUCCAAGCCUUGAUGCCUAGCCUGAUGCUUGGGAGAACUCUGCCACCUGAAGGCUAGUAUCUGCCCAAGCCAGCUGCAGCCUCAUUGGGAGGGCUGCUGACUCUGAACUGCCCACUUAGUUUGCACUGGGCUGUCCACAGUACCUGCCAGUGGUACUCACACAGGAGCCCAGUCACCAAGUCUGCACUCAGUUCUUCCAGUUUCAGGAUGGGCUUGCUCUGGGGUAAACAGGGAUGAUACUUUCGGAUAUCUGAUUAAAAAAAAAAAUUGGCUGCAUUCUGAAAAAAGCAAUCUAAAUAAAGGCACAUAUAUGGCUGGU